AUGGCGCCUAAAAAAGGCUCUGCCUCCGGCAAGGGUAAUCCUUCCAAAAAGGCAACACCUGCAGUUCCAGACAGUGAUCAUAUAGUUUUCACCAAGCAGAAAAACGACAAGAAGAAACAGGAGCAGAAAGAAUCCGACGGAGCCCCGCCCCGCCCCGACGUGAAAAAGAUCAUCGGAGGCGCUUCGUGGACCGGCAAGUUGCCCGUCAAUCUGCUAUCAGAGCAUUGCCAGCGCGAAAAAUGGAACAAGCCCGAGUAUCAGAGUCGUCAAGUUCCUGCAGCAGGCGGUGGAGACAAGCUUCACCGAACAUGGGUUGUAUUAUCGAAAACAGAUCCAAAGACGGGGUCUGUGACGAAACUACCCCCAUUCCAUCUACCUCCAAGUCAUGUCCAUCUUGCAGAUCAGCCAACAGCGCUUGAGGCCCGCCAUUUCGCAGCCGCCUAUGCUUUAUUCCGCGUGUCUAGUAUGAAAAAUUUGGCGAUGGCAUUACCCCCAACCUACCGAGAUCUCUGGAAAGGCGACUUCCAGCGUCUCAAGGAAGAAGAUGUCAAAGAUGGUAGGGCAUGGAAAUAUGAUGCGGACCCGUUUGCUGCAGAGCUCAAGGGACAGGAGAUCAAGGCCGCUCUAGAGAAACGAAAACAAGAAGAAGCGCGGCAACCUCCCAAGAUAGAAUCACCAGAUUUGCCCGGUUCGAGAUCUGAUAAUGUUGCGUCGAAAGCAUGGGAUCGAGCACCGCGACUUGAGCUCGGACAGGAGGCUCGCACCCGAACUGAGUCAAUUAUCAGGUCUCGAAGCAUCUGGAACCAAAACAAGCUUGAGAUCUCCAAACUGCAAGGGGACACCAUCGUGUCCGACCUGUCCCGAUCUGGCUUUCAACCUUCCCACAUCCAAGAAGCCCUUGAAAACUGCGGCACACGAGAAGAAGUGUUAGAGUGGCUUCUUAUUCACGUCCCUGAAGAUUGCCUGCCUGCAUGGAGCUUUCCCCCCGGUUACAAUGCAGGGAUUACUCUUGUUAGCAGCGACCUUGGGACAGAUUCCAAGAUAAAGCGAUUGAGUCAAGGGGGUUACCCAAGUCAGCUAUGUCUUCAAGCCCUACGCGACAACGACGGCGACGAGGCUCUGGCAUCAGAGGCUCUCCAGUCACGACUCGUGCCAUCCGAGCUCGAGUUGGUUGCGGCUCUGGAAAGCGACGAGCACGUUUGGGAUGAAGAAAUGACUGCAUUAGAAGCCAUCCUUGAUCGAAGAUUUCAGAGGUCUGAUCGCAACUUAUGCUCGAUCCAGGCGGACCCCAAUUCAAAGAUCUCAGCCACGUUUCACUUUCGUCGUCCGAUCUCCGGCUAUCCAAGCAGGUCACCCGUCAUCUCAAUUGAAGCACCUCAAAUACCGAGUUACAUUCGCCUGAGUGUAACCAAGAGAGCGGUCAGGUAUGCACAAGGACAUCUGCUUGGUGACUCGAUGAUAUUCAGUUUGUUGGAAUGGCUAGAGAGCUCGAUGCCAAGUAUCAUCGAAGAUCCUGGAAGACUGAGUGAUUUGGAGAUAACCCCGGCCCCAGUGGGCAGGAUGUUCGCGGCGACGCAGAAUGCAACGCAGCAUUAUUCGAUCCCGCCAAGGACCACAGUAAAGGUCUACACGAAGGACAAUCGAUCCAGUCAAGCAAUAUUAGAUGUUUGGAGAAUGCGACAGAGCUCGGAAACUCAACGGACAAUGAAUUCAGCUCGGCAACGCUUGCCCGCAUGGUCCAAAAAGGAGGAAAUCACGAGAGUGGUUGACAGAUCGCAAGUGACUCUUCUUACAGGAGAGACAGGCUCUGGGAAAAGUACGCAAGCGGUCCAAUUUAUCCUGGACAACGCGAUCGAAAGGAUGCAAGGCUCUUCCGUCAACAUCAUCUGCACGCAACCCAGGAGAGUUGCUGCUCUAUCAUUGUCAGAACGUGUCAGCGCAGAACGAUGUGACAAUGAAGGCCAGGAAGUUGGGUAUAUCAUCAGGGGAGAGUCGAAGGUUUCCUCAAAAACGAAAAUCACCUUCCAAACUACUGGCGUGCUCCUUCGCCGGCUUCAGAGCUCUUCUAGCCUUAGUUCCGCUCUGGCGAACGUCAGCCACGUCUUCAUUGAUGAAGUCCAUGAACGGUCUCUGGACACGGACUUUCUCUUGGCCUUGCUGCGUGAAGCCCUGCCCUCCUUACCUCGUUUGAAGAUUGUUCUGAUGAGUGCCACACUCCAUGCCGACACCUUCGCCGAUUACUUUGGAGGCGAUAGAGUCGGCAGAGUUCAUAUCGAAGGGCGUACAUACCCGGUUGAGGACUAUUACCUGGAUGACGUCGUCCGGCUGGUGGGAAAUGAGAAAAGAGAAUCGCAGCAGGAGUCAGACGAUGAACGUUCCGUGGGUAAAGCGAUCCAGAGCCUAGGAAUUGGAAUCAAUUACCAGUUGAUCGCUUCUCUCGUACGAGAAAUUGACACGCAGCUGGGCAGCUUAAGCGGCGGGAUUCUCAUCUUCAUGCCAGGAACCCUGGAAAUCGAUCGUUGUCUUAGGACAUUCACCGGAAUGCCCAAAAUCCACGGCUUACCGCUCCAUGCUUCCCUCUCACCUGCCGAGCAGCGCCUAGUGUUUAGACAGCCUCCAGCAGGCAAACGAAAGGUGGUUGUCGCCACGAACGUUGCCGAGACAUCAAUCACCAUCGAAGACAUCGUGGCGGUGAUCGACUCGGGGAAAGUCAAAGAGACUAACUACGACCCUGUCACAAAUAUCGUGCGUCUUGAAGAGGUUUGGGCUUCUCAGGCUGCUUGUAAACAACGCCGUGGCCGAGCGGGAAGAGUUCGGGCAGGGAAAUGCUACAAGCUCUUCACGAGGAAUGUAGAAGCCAACAUGGCGGACUCUCCAGCACCAGAAAUGCUCCGAACGCCGUUAGAACAGUUGUGUCUUUCGGUUAAAGCGACUGGUUCGGCUCGUAACGUGGACGAGUUUCUGGCAAGCACCAUCUCGGCCCCCGACGGUCGGGCCGUCGCUACCGCACUCAAGACGUUGCGGCGCAUGGGUGCUUUGGAGAAUGAUCGCUUGACCGGUCUCGGGAACUACUUGGCAAUGAUACCUGCCGACCUCCGCUGCGCGAAGCUGCUCGUCUACGGCGUCUUGUUCGACUGUACGGAAUCCUGUCUGACAAUUGCUGCCAUCUUGGCAACAAAGAGCCCGUUUGUCUCGCCGCGUGACAAAAGAGACGAGGCGAAGGAUGCGAGAUUGUCCAUGACCGCCUCGGACGGUGACCUUAUCGUCGACUACCGAGCAUUCGAGAUGUGGAAGGAGCUGUCUGCGACGUCGCGGUACCGGGAUGUGCAGAAUUGGUGUUCAUCGAAAUUCUUGUCUCCCCAGACUCUCCGCGACAUCGACUCAACUCGACAGCAGCUUCUCGACUCCUUGAUAGAGACUGGGCUGUUGCCUGCCAAUUACAACCGUGACUCAUCCGCCUACAACCGACAGAAAAGCAACAUCAUGCUCCUGCGGGCCAUAAUCGCGGGGGCACUAAGCCCCCAAAUUGCACGCAUCCAAAUGCCCGACAAGAAAUACAUCGCAUCUAUGAGCGGGGCAAAGGAACUUGACCCGGACGCCAAAACAAUCAAGUACUUCAACGAGGAAAAUGGAAGGGUGUUUGUGCACCCGAGCAGUGUUCUAUUCGACGCCCAAGGGUUCUCUGGCAACGCAAGCUUUGUGAGUUACUUCACCAAGAUGGAGACGAGCAAGACGUUCAUCCGGGAUUUGACGCCGUUGAACGCAUACGGGUUGCUGCUGUUUGGCGGGCCCAUCGAGGUCGAUAUACUGGGGCGAGGAGUUGUUGUGGAUGGGUGGAUGAAGCUGAAGGGGUGGGCCAGGAUCGGUGUUCUGGCUUCGCGGUUACGGGCACUGUUGGAUGAUGAGCUGAGGAGGAGAAUCGAUUCUCCUCGCCACGUCGCGGGUGACGACGUAGGGGACAAGGGUGGGAUUAUCGACAUUGUUCGACAUUUGGUGGAGUUCAACGGGCAGGAUAGAUAG